CAAAAAGCAAAUAAAAAAAAAAUACUCUUCUUUUCUCUUUUCCUUUCUAUCUAUCUAUAUAUAUAUAUAUUCUUUUACUAUUAUGAGUGUACACCUUUUAAGUUCAGACAAUGAAGAGUUCAAGGUUGACAAAGACGUUGCUGAACGCUCUGUCUUGAUUAAGAACAUGUUGGAAGAUAUUGGUGACUCUGAUGCUCCUAUUCCUCUUCCUAAUGUUACCUCUAAGGUGUUGAACAAAGUUAUUGAGUGGUGUACUCACCACCGUGAUGAUCCUGCUACUCAAGACGACCAAGAAAGACGCAAUACUGAUAUUGAUGAAUGGGAUCAAAAGUACAUGGAAGUUGACCAAGAAACCUUGUUUGAUAUUAUCUUGGCUGCCAAUUACCUUGAUAUUAAGCCUCUUCUUGAUGUUGGAUGUAAGACUGUUGCCAAUAUGAUCAAAGGAAAGAGUGCUGAAGAAAUCAGAAGAACCUUCAACAUCACGAAUGAUUUCACACCUGAAGAAGAAGCUCAAAUCAAGAAGGAAAACGAAUGGGCUGAAGAUCGUUAAAUGUUUAUAAACAAUAAAAAAAAAAGAAAGAAAGAAAGAAAAUGAAGGUCUUUUUUAUUUAUUUAUUUAUUACAUGC